CUUUGUUCCUCCCGUCACUCUUUUGACUUUGUCUUGGCCAGGCCCAUUCCGUCAUGCAGCUGCAAGCUUUUGUCGCUCUUUUAUCACUUCUUGGGGCCGCUAAUGCCAAUCCCGAACGUCAUGCUCGUCUCGCGAAGAGACAGAAUGCUGGGGCCGUCGUCACGGUUGGUUCGAGCUCUGCUAGUUCGACUUCCUUAUCAUCCGGCACCCCAACAACGAGCUUUACUUCAUCGACUGCAACGGCCUUGGGUUCACCCGUGCCAACCACACCCGUUGGCACCACUAUCCCUCCGCUUGUUAAUAUCACUUCCGGCAUGGCGACCCCUUCAACAGUCCCUCUCUCUGCUACUUAUUCCGCAGGCGCUACACCUUUAAUUUCCGGUGCUCCAGUUUUGCCUACUCCAUUCGUAUUUCAAGCCGCAGACUGGCCUACUCAAGAUCAGAUUGCACCUACUGAUUCCGACGAGGUUUCCGAAUGGAUGGAAGAACUCAAUGGUUUCAAUAUACCCGAUAUCACUCCUACCGUAGAUGGCACUUGCGUAAACGACCCAGCUGCUGCCGCGGAAGCUGCUAGUCGUGGUUGGUGGACUUGCGGUGGUUAUACCCGUGUUACUGAUAUCACCGCUUGUCCGAAUAAGUUGACAUGGGGCGUCAGCUUUGAUGAUGGCCCAGGUUUCUACAGUAUGGAGCUUCUUGACUACCUGGCUUCCAAGAACAUGACCUCGACCUUCUUCGUUAUUGGUUCUCGUAUCGUCGAGCGUCCUCAGGUUCUUGUGGAGGAGUAUAUGUCUGGGCACGAAAUCGCUGUGCACACCUGGUCGCAUCGCCCUCUUACCAUGCUUACUACUGCACAAGUCGUAGCUGAGCUGGGUUGGGCACGUAAAGCUAUCAAGGAUGUCAUUGGUGUUACUCCCACAUUGAUGCGUCCCCCUUACGGAGACAUCGACGAUCGUGUUCGUGCCAUUUCCCUGGCAAUGGGUAUGGUCCCCGUCAUCUGGACUAGCACUGGUACUGGCGCAACGUUUGAUACUAAUGACUGGAAGGUUCCUGGCGGUGUCGUCACAGGUCCUCAGUCCUUUGCCACUUUUGAGGCUAUUCUAACCAACGCAACCUACGCUGAACACUGGGUAGGUGCAGUUCGGGUCACCCUCGUUCGACUUCACUCAUUUUCACCUAGAUUUGUUGUUCUGGAGCACGACUUAUACGCGCAAACUGUCGAUCUUGCUAUUGGCUACACGUUGCCUGCUGCUAUGAAUUUUACCCCUACGCUUACUCUCGACUCCAUUGGUCACUGCAACGGCAUCCCAAGUACGAACCUGUAUCGUGAGAGCAACCAAAACGCGAGCUUCCCCUACCCGAACAGCACUAGUGGUGACACGUCCGUCCCUAGUGGCUCAGGCGGGAAGGGUAGCACCAGCGCGACUUCUGGUACUUUAUCGAAUGCCAUAAUGCCUAUAUCUAUGGUCGUUGCUUCAUUGUUGGCUGCUGGCGGCUCCCUCCUCAUGUGACCUGACGGAUAUACCAUUUACGCAAACUUUAUUAAUCUAGACAAUGAUGGACGUACGGCAGCUGUAUAUAUAUUUCGCCCCCUUUGUGGACAAGUAUGUUUUUGUGGAUGCUGCUCUAUCUACUCUGAUUCUAAGUACCCCGUUUUCUCUGUUCAAUAUGUUGUAUUUUGUGUGAAAUUUGGGACAGGUUUUUGCAGAGAGCAAUAAAUCUCUGACAUGAACUGCUGGCAGAUAAACAUAGUAC